GGCGGGCCCCCGUGGGCAUGGCCUCUGCCUCCCCAGCGGGCAGGGUCCUGGUGGCAGGGCCCUGCUCCCUCCUCCCGUGCCCCCUUCGCAGCGGAGCUGAGUGGGUUUCAAAGGCUGCUGGUCAGCAAAGCAGGGGGAAGUGCCUGCAGCAUGUGUGGAGAAGGGGGCUCUGCUGUUGCCAAAAUAAUCGGCAGUAAUGUGAAAAAAAUGCAAAAGUUUGCUUCCACAGUAAAAAUGUGGGUCUUUGAGGAAAAUGUUAAUGGGAGAAAACUGACAGAUAUAAUAAAUAAUGAACAUGAAAAUGUAAAAUAUCUACCUGGAUACAAGCUGCCAGAAAAUGUGGUUGCUAUCCCCAACCUUAAUGAAGCUGUGCAAGAUGCAGACAUGUUGGUCUUUGUCAUUCCGCAUCAGUUCAUUCAUAAGAUCUGUGAUGAGAUCAGAGGGAGGGUACCCAGGCGAGCUGUUGGUAUAACUCUUAUCAAGGGGAUAGAUGAAGGCCCUGAGGGACUCAAGCUGAUUUCUGAUAUUAUUCGAGAGAAAAUGGGAAUAGACAUCAGUGUGCUGAUGGGAGCUAACAUUGCCAAUGAGGUAGCAGCAGAGAAGUUCUGUGAAACCACAAUAGGCAGUAAAAUCCUGGAAAAUGGCCUUCUCUUCAAAGAACUCCUGCAGACCCCAAAUUUCCGAAUAACUGUAGUGGAUGAUGCAGAUACAGUUGAGCUUUGUGGUGCUCUUAAGAACAUAGUGGCCGUAGGAGCUGGGUUUUGUGACGGGCUUCACUGUGGUGAUAAUACCAAAGCUGCUGUUAUUCGACUUGGCCUAAUGGAGAUGAUUGCAUUUGCAAAAAUUUUUUGCAAGGGGCAGGUAUCUACAGCUACUUUUCUGGAGAGUUGUGGAGUGGCUGACCUGAUUACCACAUGUUACGGAGGCCGUAACCGAAGAGUGGCUGAAGCAUUUGUUAAAUCAGGGAAGUCCAUUGAAGAAUUGGAACAGGAGAUGCUUAAUGGUCAGAAACUCCAAGGACCACUGACUUCUGCAGAGGUGUUUCGCAUCCUCAAGCAGAAAGGGUUGGUGAAAAAGUAAGUAAGAGAAUCUGUUGCAAGUUCUUAUCUCCUCUUUUUUAACUCCUUGCUUUUUGCUAAGAUACCUUGCUUCAAGAAGGUAGUAGUCAAAAAGUAAAAUAUGACAAUGAAAGUGGCUUAAAUCCCAAUAACAAUGCAUAAAUUAAAAGACUGGAUCAAUAGGACUUCAGAUUACAAGUACUAGAGCUAAGAGUGCAGUCUUCAUAUGGUGAAUGCUCCUACAAAGCUAUCCUGGUACACUAUUGUGCCCAGUGCAUUGUAAAGUAGAGCAGAGGAAGUGCGCUUUAGUUCAACUGAGAUAGAUGGAGGAGUUUCUAUAAAUGGGCUGCCAUGGAGUCAAGGAUUAAUGAGAAACUAUUGUCACAGAGGCAGAACAUAGUAUAGGGGAAGGGGGAAGGAAUGGUAGUGGCUAUGGGGACCUAGCCUAUUGGAAUUUGUGGUUUGGUGAUGGCUGGUUUUGGCUUUACUCUGGGAGAAGAUUAAAGCAAUAUUUGAUUUUUUUUUUUUUUUCUGGUGGGGAAAGUAGCUAGUUUAUUGAUAAAUUUGUAGUUGUUCUUUGACUGUUUGACCAUAAUAAAUGUUCUAGUGGCUAUAAACAGGUAUUGUCUAACGCUCUGUUCAUUGCUACUCAGAAAGGAACCAGAAGCGUUAUGAAUCAGAAAUGAAGAUUGCUAUAACCACUAGCAAAUUAAAAAUAAUGAGAACAAAUUUGGUCUCUCUUUGAAAGUGAGUGGAGCAGGGCCUGUUCAUAUCAGGUGCUGAGCACCCUGCAUUAGGUGCUGUGUCAACCCAUAAGAGAAAAGCAUUAUCCACAUUACCCAGCUUGAUAAAUAUUUAUAAUCCCUGGAGUGCACCUGGCAUGUAUUGGUUAAUCUCGUUAGAUCAAGAAUGCUGUUUCCACAUUUGCUGCUUGGCUGCUUGGUGACUGUUUACAUAGUUCAGCAUAGAAUCAUAGAAAAAUUGGCCUGAAAAGGACAUCCAAAGGUCAUGUAGCCCUGCUUAAGGCAGGAUCAUCCCUGUCUAAACCAUCCUUGACCAAGCAUUCUGUUCUUAAACUCUGGGAACAACUGUCACACACAGCCACCAGCCAUAAUGCCCCAAACACCAAAAACACCUUUAACUUGCCACUGGUAAAGCAGGGGGAUGAGAGCACUGUCAGGGUCCUACUACUGCAAGGACAGAAAGUACUUGUUAAAAUAAGCUCAAAAGAGCCUAGUGAACAUUGCUUAUUCCAGAGUAAAACAGCAUGCAAAAUGUACAUAUCAUAUACAAAGUAAGAUUACUUUGUUUAUUUUGGUUGUCAGAGAGAAAAAUAUUAUGAUUGUAUCAGAUUGGGGUUUUUUUUAGUCUUUUUAGAAGAUAGAGGAAAUUCUGCUAGUUAAUCAGUGUGUACAGAUAACCUGAAAGGCUUUUGACAAAACUGGCUAUGGUGUGUGUUUGGAACAAUGUUAAAGACUCGUUUUCAGGCUUUCUCAAGUGCACAGAGCAUUAUUUCUUGCUUGGAAGCAAACGGGAAUAGAUUGUGGUGCAAAAAGGAAAUCUUUUUAUCUGCAUGAGAUUUAUAACCUUGAGGCAGUGGUUCUCAAACUGCCCCCUUGAGGAGCCGUCAAGGAACGUUGGGGGUGCAGCGCAUGGGGGGCAUGGGCAAGAAGUUUGCAAGGAGCUGGUGCCACUGCAGCCUUGGGAGGGGGGGAAGUGUGAGGGUGGGGAGCCCUGGGCAGGCUCUGCCAGUGGGCUGCUGCUGUACCUCUGGGAGCCUGGGACAUCA